GCGUAUAGAAAUGGAUUGCCAGAAAAUCGACGCGCAAAAGCAGUUAUUUCGCAGGAAACGUAUGAUCAGGCACUUCGGGCGCUUGAAGAUAGCGGAUACAGAAACCCAGACCCUAAGUUUAAGUCCUGG